UUCCUAUUUUUGUGAUUUUCAAGAAGUGAUAGUAGCAUUAAAAUAUGGUACAUUUCAAGCCGAAAUUUUUCAUUUUGCGAAUGUUAUUGAUUGAAUUUUCAUGGUACAUGUUAAGUGUUCAGUUUGUGUGACCUCUGGUCGAAGACGGUAAUUUUGGCUUUUAACCGAUUUGCCUGAAACAUUUCCAGAUCACUUAACGCCUAUGUGGAAUUGAAACUGUGCCAGUGAUGAUAUUCCAAAAGUUAUAUCUACGACGAUAUUGCCUAAAUAGUGCAGUGUGUUUGUGUAGUCGUGUCUAGUAAGCGAUUUGUGUUUAGCGAAAACAAAUAAAUCAAAAUCAUUUAUGUGUGCAUCGUGCUCGGCUCGAAUGAUUAGCAAAUGAAAAAUUCGUCGGAAAAUUCGAGCCAUAAACGUGUUAUGGAUACGGCGCGGAUUUGUAUUCACUGUGAGAGUGCUGACGGAUUUGGUGCACCAGAGGGGAUUUAGAAACUCAACUGCUGAACUCAACGUGGCCUCAAAAUGCCAGGGGGGAGAAGGGGGCUCGUUGCUCCACAGAACACAUUCCUAGAAAACAUCAUACGUCGGUCUAAUUCGCAGCCGGACAGUUCGUUCCUACUGGCUAAUGCUCAAAUCGUCGAUUUUCCAAUAGUCUACUGCAAUGAGGCCUUUUGUAAGAUUAGCGGCUACAACCGCGCGGAGGUUAUGCAGAAGUCGUGCAGAUGUGGCUUCAUGUACGGUGAGCUGACGGAGAAGGAAACUGUUGCACGAGUCGAAUACGCACUGGAGCACCAACAGCAUGACCAGUUUGAAGUCCUGCUGUAUAAAAAGAACAAAACGCCACUAUGGCUGUUGCUACAGGUGGCUCCCAUCAGAAACGAGAGGGAUUUGGUUGUGCUGUUCCUGCUCACAUUCCGUGACAUCACGGCACUCAAGCAGCCUAUCGACAGCGAGGAUACGAAGGGAGGGUUGUCGAAGUUUGCCAAACUGGCCCGAUCUGUUACGAGGAGUCGUCAAUUCAGUGCGCAUUUGCCUACGCUAAAGGAUCCAACCAAGCAAUCAAAUCUAGCUCAUAUGAUGUCAUUAAGUGCCGACGUUAUGCCACAGUACCGUCAGGAAGCGCCAAAAACACCGCCGCAUAUAUUACUGCAUUAUUGUGCAUUUAAAGCAAUCUGGGAUUGGGUGAUAUUGUGUUUAACAUUUUAUACUGCAAUUAUGGUACCAUACAAUGUAGCCUUCAAAAACAAGACAUCCGAGGAUGUGUCACUACUGGUAGUCGAUUCGAUAGUAGAUGUAAUAUUUUUCAUAGAUAUCGUAUUAAAUUUCCACACCACGUUCGUAGGCCCGGGUGGUGAGGUGGUUAGUGAUCCGAAGGUUAUUCGCAUGAAUUAUUUAAAAUCAUGGUUCAUCAUUGAUUUGCUUAGCUGUCUGCCAUACGAUGUCUUCAACGCUUUCGAUCACGAUGACGACGGCAUUGGAUCGCUCUUCAGUGCAUUGAAAGUAGUUCGAUUGUUACGAUUGGGACGAGUCGUAAGGAAGCUGGACCGUUACUUGGAGUACGGGGCGGCGAUGUUGAUUCUGCUGUUAUGCUUCUACAUGUUGGUGGCCCACUGGUUAGCGUGCAUUUGGUACUCGAUUGGUCGCAGCGAUGCCGACAACGGGGUUCAGUACAGUUGGCUCUGGAAGCUGGCGAAUGUCACGCAAAGUCCGUACUCGUACAUCUGGUCCAACGAAUCUAAUGCCCCGGAACUGGUCAAUGGACCGUCAAGGAAAACGAUGUACGUUACGGCGCUCUAUUUCACGAUGACAUGUAUGACAUCGGUUGGAUUCGGAAAUGUGGCGGCCGAGACGGACAACGAGAAGGUAUUCACUAUCUGCAUGAUGAUAAUUGCAGCACUCCUGUACGCCACAAUUUUCGGUCAUGUUACCACAAUUAUCCAGCAAAUGACAUCCGCCACCGCAAAGUACCAUGACAUGCUGAACAACGUGCGGGAGUUUAUGAAGCUGCACGAAGUCCCCAAGGCGUUGAGUGAGCGGGUCAUGGAUUAUGUGGUUUCCACGUGGGCAAUGACCAAAGGGCUGGACACGGACAAGGUUUUGAACUAUUGUCCCAAGGACAUGAAGGCAGAUAUUUGUGUGCAUCUGAACCGGAAGGUAUUCAACGAGCAUCCGGCCUUCCGAUUAGCGUCAGACGGUUGUUUGCGAGCGCUUGCCAUGCACUUUUGUAUGUCCCAUUCAGCGCCAGGUGAUCUGCUGUACCAUACGGGUGAAAGCAUCGAUAGUUUGUGCUUCAUAGUCACCGGGAGCCUGGAGGUGAUCCAGGACGACGAAGUGGUCGCCAUUCUCGGAAAGGGCGACGUGUUCGGUGACUCCUUUUGGAAGGACUCUGCGGUCGGUCAAAGUGCGGCCAACGUGCGAGCGUUAACUUACUGUGAUUUACAUGCGAUAAAACGAGACAAACUACUCGAAGUAUUAGAUUUUUACCAAGCUUUUGCUAAUAGUUUUGCAAGGAAUUUAAUUUUAACGUAUAAUUUAAGGCAUCGAUUGAUAUUUAGGAAAGUAGCAGAUGUGCGGAGGGAAAAGGAGCUGGCCGAGCGAAGAAAGAACGAACCCCAGCUGGGCUCUAGCCAAGACCACCUGGUAAGAAAAAUAUUUUCAAAAUUUAGAAGAGCUCAGCAAAAUGCACAAGGACCAAAGGAACAAACUGGCUCCACUCAGAGCGACGUUGAGAAAGGAGAUACAGAUACAGACAAAGUGAAGCUACCAGCCAAGCUUACACUAACCGAAGACUCUCGCGUCCUUACAACCGUCCCAUCUCCGUCACCAUCACCGUCGCCUUCUUCGGGACCUCCAUCGGCGAAAGGGGCCCGAGCAAGCAAAUGGGGCCGCCUGUUGGGUAGCUCCAGUGUCGAUUCGGCCAGCGAUACAAGCACAAAGGUAGCCGUGUCUAGAAGUUUAAGUGCACGUGAGAGUUUGCGUGAAAGUGCACAAGGUAGAGCAAGUAGUAGCUCAAGUAGUAACGGCGGUCAAGGCAAUAAGAUAUUCCCCAAGACACCGAAGCUAACUCCAAACCCUGCGACAUUGGCGCGGCAGGAUACAAUCGAUGAAGGAGGAGAGGCGGACCAAACGCCCAAUCGGGAACGGCCGAACGUAGUGCACAUCGAGCGCGAGCCAGUGAAAGCACCUUCCCUGGAGCGCCAACCAACGGAGAGGGACCGACUGCUGGACACGAGUACAACUACGACCCGGGAUCGUGAACGGGAACGGGAUCGAGAACGCGAACGUGAACGAGAACGGGAGCGAGAAAGGGAGCGUGAACGCGAUAGGCACAUGGAACGUAAUUUGUCAUUCGAACGGGAACGGCAGAUCGAAAUGGCACAAUCCAGGGCGACAACGUCCGAUACCUACGAUACGGGACUUCGAGAGCAGCCCUCAACAUUGGCACAGCGAGAUCUGAUAGCGACAGUACUGGAUAUGAAAGUAGAUGUCCGCUUGGAAAUGCAGCGGAUGGCACAAAGGAUGAGUAAAAUAGAGGAUCUAAUAGGUGACCUUAUCAGCCGGAUACAAGUUGAUUCCUCUGGACAGAGUUCUCCAGGCGAUAUGACCGGCACCAAUUUGGUGCCGACGUCGACGGCAGGCACAAACCCCUCCAGUUCUAACAACCCUUCGACAAGCAAUCUGAAUCCGGUGUCUUCUCUGGUGGGACCAGCUACCCCCUUGGGGUCCGGCGGUAACGGACUUGGACCCAUUCUGUUGCGGAAACGAAGGUCCAAAAGUCGGAAAGCACCUGCCCCGCCCAGACAAAGUCCCGAACAAACCCGACUGCUGGAUACCGAUCUGCCAUCGUCAUCCACCCGGAAGCGUGAAUUUCUCUAGCCCCGGAUUCUACUGCGUCAUCAAUCAGACAACUUGAACGAUCAGUAGUGGUUCAGUUCGCACCUGUUUCCCCCACCCUGCAAAACGUGAUCUGCUUGAUGGCGUUCUCCCAUGCACACGGCGUUAAAUUUUUACCCUUGAUCGGUUUGAUGUGUGUUUCAAUUGCUUUUUUUUUUCUGAAAAUUGUUUUCGAUAAUAUUUUCUAAAAGCGGUGCGAACAUAAAUGUAGUUGAUGAUGAAAUAGUGUCAUUAAGAUUGCACUUAACGUAUUCAUGAUGGACGAAACUUCAAAACCACGCGUAACGUAAGAAUAAGACCAGAGAACCACGCGACACAUACGGUAUAUGUUUUCCUGAAGUUCCAACCACUUAGGGGAACUGUUCCGCUCUCCAUUUUACUGAACAUAUAUUCAUCUCAUCGCAAAACAGAGAAAUACAGCACCAA